AUGGUCUCUACUACGACUUCGUCAACAACCACUUCACAGACAAUACGAGAAAGGGUUUUGGCUCGUAUGCAUGAUUUUACAACUUAUCAAGCAACACGAGUAGCAUUAUAUAAAGAGUUUGAAGAAGCAUUUGCACAAAAUCUCAACACGACAGCGACAACAAUCAACACAACUUCGUCUACAACAGGCUCAAAUCUCACUUGCACAGAUGAAGAAUUCGCUUUAGUCUGUCGUAUUACUACCGAUGGAUUCAACGAAGUUUCCCAAGACAUACGAGCUGUAGAACAAGAAUUAUUGAAUAUCAACGCCAAUGAGCAAGAAGAAGGGAUUGAUCAAAUGGUACUUGAUGAGACUAAAGAACUGGCUACAUUUAUUAGACAGCUGCAAGAGUUGGAAAGGGAGAAAUUGAAAUUGUAA